AUGUUCUCCUUAUUCGGAAUCCUUAUGGUGCUUGCUGCGUUUCCAAGCACCUUGACCGCCCAACAGAGUGGAAAAGUCACUUGCUUCAAGUCCCAGUACAUUGGGCUUGAUGUAAAUCACUGUCGCCGAGCUCUCCGUAACAUUGUUUACGAUACAAACGGACACUUGGAUAGUCGUUCCAGUACGGUUUUCACUUGGCAUCAAACUUGUGUCAUCAAUAUCCAGAAGCUCCAACAAAACCAACCGACCAGACAAUGGGUUGAAGCUACAGUUUUAGCGAUCGCGCAGACUUGUCGUCAAUCAGGAGGAAUCCGAAAGUACACAGACGGAACCCAGGCGCAGGUGUAUCGCUCCACCGCUAGCAACGUCUAUAACGUGAAUCAGCCAAUGUGCCAAAAGUCGGUCUGCAAUUUUCAACCGAAUGACUGUCUACGUGCUCUCAAUCAACUCCCCGUUGACCAGAAGGGAAAUUUCAAUGUUCAAAGCACCGAUGCCCCAUCCUCCAAGGCGACGUGGGGUAAUUGUACUGUACUCAUGCAAACCACCGAUUCUUCCAGCUUUCGCAUCUCGCACCCCGAAGUCAAUCCUUCCUUCAAGCGCAUUGUGAACCAGUGCGGCUCUCGUUGGGGGAACGACAGGCAACAAUGGCGAUGUCCGUAUAUCCACUCAGGGAUCGAACUGCUGAAUACUAGGAUCGCCACCAAUAACCUCACACGCUUGGCCGACGUUGCAAUGGAAAAGUAG